GGGGUGUAGUGAAUGGAGGGGUGCCUUGAAACCGAGCAAAGUGACGAGAACGAGCGAGCCUGCGGACUCCCAACCGCCUGGAGAAGCCGACACUUGGACGAGUCGAGCCACAAAAGAUGCUAAUUUAGGACGUUUUUCGCUCGCGUUUUUUUCACCCGAGCCACAGCCGAGCGUCCAACGCACCUGGAGAGCUUUAGCUUGCGUCGUGCUUCUUUUUGGAGAAAGAGCAGUACGUGUUUUUACCCCCCCUCACACCGGAGAAGUGAGAGUGGGCUUGCUUGGAGUCACUUACAAAGACCAUCAAGAAGUCAUGACACGACGGAGGAUUUGUUUGGAUGAAACGGUUUGAAAUAAGGCGGAAUUUAACCGUGGGUGGACGCGCUCAAGUUGCACGGACUACCAGAGACGCGCGGGGACGUUAAAUGUAGAUCAGCGACGCUUUUUUUGGACCCUUUUUGAGUCGCCCUACUUGGAUCAAAGUUUUUCCUUCCUUCCCUCCCCCCUUUCCUCCUCCUCCUCCUCAACUAUGGCGGCGGCCAGGUCCACCACUGGCUCCGCGCUUGUGCGGAUCAUGUGGCUGCUGUGCGGGUUGUCCGUCUCACCCGCGUCUUCUCAACACUACAACAGCGAGAGCGGAAUUUCCAUUCCGGAGCAUGGAUUUUGCCAGCCUAUCUCCAUUCCUCUAUGCACCGACAUCGCCUACAACCAGACCAUCAUGCCGAACCUCCUGGGCCACACCAACCAAGAAGACGCGGGGCUGGAGGUGCACCAGUUCUACCCUCUGGUGAAGGUCCAAUGCUCGGCUGAUUUGAAAUUCUUCCUGUGUUCCAUGUAUGCUCCCGUGUGCACGGUUCUAGAGCAGGCCAUCCCUCCUUGCCGGUCCCUAUGCGAACGCGCCCGUCAAGGAUGUGAAGCCCUCAUGAACAAAUUUGGUUUCCAGUGGCCCGAAAGGCUUCGCUGCGAGGCCUUUCCAGUCCACGGGGCCGGCGAGAUCUGUGUAGGUCAGAACACAUCAGAACCCAGCGGUCCUGGCUCCUCUUCUUCUCCAUAUGCGCCCGAGCUGGUGACCCUCCCCCCCAACAUGGACCGACCCAGGGCCCCUCCGCACAACCAGUACCCGGAGUUCUCCUGCCCGCUUCAGCUGGACGUUCCGUCCUACCUUGGGUACAAAUUCAUGGGGGUCAAAGACUGCGGGGCUCCCUGCGAACCCACUAAGCCCACCGGGAUCAUGUACUUCCGGGAGGACGAGGUGAAAUUCGGGCGUCUCUGGGUGGGAAUCUGGUCCAUCCUAUGCUGCGUGAGUACUCUGUUCACGGUGCUCACUUACUUGGUGGACAUGCGGCGCUUCCGCUACCCCGAACGACCAAUCAUCUUCCUGUCGGGCUGUUACUUCAUGGUGGCGGUAGCAUACGCGGCGGGGUUCUUCCUCGAGGAUAAGGUGGUUUGUGUGGAUAAAUUCAAGGAAGACGGCUACAGGACGGUGGCCCAGGGGACCAAGAAAGAGGGUUGCACCAUCCUCUUCAUGGUUUUGUACUUCUUCGGCAUGGCCAGCUCUAUCUGGUGGGUCAUCUUGUCCCUCACGUGGUUCCUGUCGGCCGGCAUGAAAUGGGGCCACGAAGCCAUCGAGGCUAACUCACAGUACUUCCACUUAGCCGCCUGGGCCGUACCCGCCAUUAAAACCAUCACCAUCCUAGCCAUGGGCCAAGUGGACGGCGACGUCCUGACCGGCGUGUGCUUCGUGGGGAUCUUCAAUGUCGACGCCUUGAGGGGCUUCGUGCUGGCGCCGCUCUUCGUCUACCUGUUCAUCGGCACGUCCUUCCUGCUAGCCGGUUUCGUGUCGCUCUUCCGGAUCCGCACCAUCAUGAAGCACGAUGGUACCAAGACGGAAAAACUGGAGAAGCUGAUGGUGCGCAUCGGCGUCUUCAGCGUGCUCUACACGGUCCCCGCCACUAUCGUCAUCGCCUGCUACUUCUACGAACAGGCCUUCCGCGAGCACUGGGAGCGCACCUGGCACAUGCAAACGUGCAAGCGCUUCGCCGUGCCCUGCCCGCUUCACAACUUUGCCCCCAUGACGCCCGAUUUUACCGUCUUCAUGAUUAAGUACCUGAUGACCAUGAUCGUCGGGAUCACUUCGGGCUUUUGGGUCUGGUCCGGCAAAACCUUGCAGUCGUGGAGGAGGUUCUACAAGCGCCUUAGCAACGGCAACCACGGGGAGACCACCGUGUGAAGCGGCACGGGUACAAAACUACAAUGAUAGAGAAAUGAGGUCAGAUAGCUUUCAUUUUUGAUACGUUUUUGGACAGAGACAGAAGUUUAAUCCUCUCUAUAUUCGAUAUUAAAUGAAAGAAUCUGCAUUCUUCUUUGAAACCAUCCCAGUUUUUUGUAUUUUAAACGCAUAACCUCACUGUCAUUAACUCCUUGGCUGCCAUUGGCGGCGUUAGUCGUCCAACCCAUUUGAACAUUGAGGGCUGGCAGCGAGUGAUGAUCAUUCGCUGCGAGCCCUCACAGUUCCCACGGAUUAGACAUCUAUCACCGUCAUUGGCAUUGAACGAGUUAACACCGGACUUGAAGUUAUCUCUGUUUGCUCACUCAUUACAUCCUUAUUGUGUUGAAUGUACGUCAUGAGCGAAUACGACUGACGGGCCUAAACCAAGUGUCCACGGACUGUGAAUCCAUUUUUUACGGCUCGCUCUGGACAUUUUAAGUUACUCUGCUCGUAGACUGAAAUGCUUUAAAUUAAAUUGUGCGUUUGAUUUGAGAGAAAAAAAGCAGCUCGACGCACAGUUCUCAGAGAAACUAUGGAUACGUUUAUUUUUUACAACUUUUUCCCCGCAUUGAAUGUUCACUCCGAAGGUGAAUGAAGUUACUGUUUGUGUCAGUUUGCACAAAUGUUCUUUUUUUUAAAGUGUUAAAUCAAGUGACUGUUACACUACAAAAAGGCUCGUCCGACUAAAUUCUCCUACGUUGGUCUGUUACUGCCAUUAUAAGUUUGUGUGUUUCUCACCACUGUUGAGCUGUUGUACUAUCUACAUUAUAAACCUCGAAACUAGUUGUGAAGUUUUUCUCUCCCGUUUCAUGACGAACUCAUCGGUACCACAGAAUGGGUUGAGUACCCAUUUUAAAGGCAGAGACCACACACACACGCAUACAAACAUCUAUGUGUGUGGUCCCCACAUUGGUGGACUCCAUUAGAAAGACUGUAAUCCGUUUCUUCUACGGGAGUGGAAAUGGUUUUUGAGGAUUUUUGAAUGUUUUUCUCGCUUUGAUAUUGACGAUUGUUCACUUAAGCCUGCCAUUCUUUGUUUUUAUUACAUAUAGAUGUGUUUAAAUGAAUCCAUGCGGGGGUGAGGAUGUUUUUUUGUUGUUGAAGUUGUUCCACAUUCAGACUGAAGGUGCAUGUGCUUUAUGUUCCGCUAGUGUGUGCCAUACAGAAGACAUAUUUCUGUCCUUGCGUGCCUGAUCCGAAAUGUCAGAAAAAGCACAGCCGAGUUAAAAAAAAAACAAAAAAAAAACGAAACAAAAAGGUCACUAAGGUUCGCGUGUGGAGACAUACCUCGCUGUGUUUAGCAGCCGGGCAGUUGUCAUGAGUAUGUGCGUGUGCGUGUGGUUCUAUUUGCAUGACCUCGAAAUGUUUACCAGUUCAUACUAACGGACAUGAACAAAGUGUCUUAAGAAAUAACUCCAACCAUAUGCGUUUUACAAUAAUGUAAUCUGAGUAGUUUCUUAAAAAUUGUAUAUGGAAACUACACUUUCAGGUGACAGGACAUUCUUGCACAUUGCAUUAAAAUGAUACAAUCCACUUGAUAGACCUGAAACCAGCCUUUUAGACCAUAACUUCCAAUAACAGGUCUGUAUAAGAGCAACAAUCCUAUCAGUGCAUCGUUUUUUUGCCAUGUUGCACAUUUUUCUACGUGUAAAUAACGCAAAGAUAGAGUUUAAGAUGGAAGGAGGAUGUGUUAAAUCCCCCCCACAUCGUAAAAACUAUAUUCUCAACACACUAGACUGCACACAAUCUUAGAAUGCAUACUGUACAUAUUUUUUAUAGUAUCAUCUUAGUUCAUGUUAAAAGAAAUCCCCAUUUGAAUGUGUAAGACUGAGAGUGAUGCAAAUUUGCCCUUUUUUUUGGUAUCAUUUCAGAUUUAUGCAUGUCCAGUAUGUAUGUGUGUGUGUGCGCGCAUUAGAACAUUAUGCAAAUUAUCAAUUUACAUGCCCAAGUUCUUAUAUUUAUGGGGAUGCUCAUCUGUCUCUUCUUUUCUACAUGUUUUUAAAGCCUGUUGUAUGUGUACAGUCUGAAUAAAAGUGAUAAGGUUUGUAA